GCGGGGUCCUCGGAUUCUGGCUGUGGCUUCCCAAGGGCUGACCCGCCCCCUCCUCAGAUCCCGUGGUGGUGGACUGUCCGCGGGUUGCGGGACUCAGGCUUUGACUUUGAAGUGUCAGCGAGACCCCGAGUUUCUCCUUGCUAGUGACGCGUGGGAAGCCCUCCUCGCCCCCUGCAGGCUGCGGGGGAAACCCUGAGACCCUAUCCUGGGGACCCCCGCUGUGGUCGCCCUGGCGCCGCGCCUGGCUCACAGUGGGUGCUCUGUACACGUGUGUUGACCGAGUGCAUGUGACGCUGGCAGCCAAAGCCAGCCAAAGCCAGCAGCCCCAGGGCGUCCGGUGCAGGCACUACAGCUUCGCUUUCGCGGUACCUGUUUGUUGUGCUGUAGUUGACGCCAAACGGAGUUCCUUGGAACACCAUGUCCUUAGAUUUUGGCAGUGUGGCACUGCAGACACAGAAUGAAGAUGAAGAGUAUGACAAAGAAGACUAUGAAAGGGAGAAAGAGUUGCAGCUGUUACUCACCGACCUGCCGCACGAUAUGCUGGAUGAUGACCUGUCCUCCCCCGAGCUCCACUAUUCCGACUGCAGCGAGGAUGGCACAGAGGGAGAACUACAUCGCUCUGAGCAAUUGGAGAUGAAUUGGCGUGAGCAUCAAGUGCUCCCUAAAUCUCAAAGUGUAAAUGACUAUAAUGAGAUUCGGGAUGUAUAUAUUGGAGAGAAAAGUGGCAACGGCUGGGAAGACAGUCAAAGUAAAAAUGACGACCAGCGUCCUGGCUGCCAUCCCAAAGAAGGUCAAGAUGAAGGUGGAAGUGGUUAUACUCCUCCAAGUAAUUAUGAACAGACAGAUUUAUAUCACCUUCCUGAAAACUUUAGGCCAUAUAUCAAUGGUCAGAAGCAGGAAUUUAAUAGUCAACCAACCAAUGUAAUUAAAUUUUCAGAUCCUCAAAGGAAUCAUUUCCAGCAAUAUGUUACAUCACAAGGUCCUAGUUGUCAAGCUUUGGAACCAUAUAAAGUGACAUAUAAACCUUAUCAGGCUUCUGCCCAGAAUAAUGACUCACCAGCCCAGGAGAUAGCAGGAAGUGACACAUUUGAAAGCCUGCAACAACAAUUUUUAGGAGCUAAUGAAAAUUCUGCAGAAAAUAUGCAGAUUAUCCAACUUCAGGUUCUUAACAAAGCAAAAGAGAGACAACUAGACAAUUUAGUUGAAAAGUUAAAUGAAAGUGAGCAUCAAAUUAGAUAUUUGAAUCACCAGCUUCUAAUAAUCAAAGAUGAAAAGGAUGGCUUGACCCUCAGCCUCCGAGAAUCACAGAAACUCUUUCAGAAUGGAAAAGAGAGAGAGAUACAGCUUGAAGCACAAAUAAAAGUGCUGGAGACCCAAAUACAAGCACUAAAAGUGAACGAAGAACAGAUGAUUAAGAAGUCCAGGACAACUGAAAUGGCUCUGGAGAGCCUGAAGCAGCAGCUGCUGGACCUCCGUCAUUCAGAAUCACUUCAGCGUGCUAGAGAGCAGCAUGAGAGCAUUGUGAUGGGCCUCACGAAGAAGCAUGAAGAGCAAGUGUUGUCCUUACAAAGGAAAUUGGAUGCUACAGUUACUGCGCUUAAGGAACAGGAAGAUAUUUGUUGUCAUUUGAAAGAUCAAGUGAAAGAACUGGAAAGGAAUCAAGAAGCAACCAAAUUAGAAAGGACUGAGAUCAUUAACAGAUUGACGAGAAGUCUAGAGGAGAGUCAGAAGCAGUGUGCCAACUUCUUGCACUCAGGCUCCGUACAGGAGGUGGCUCAGCUACGGUUCCAGCUGCAGCAAGCACAAAAAGCACAUGCUAUGAGUGAAAACAUGAACAAGGCUUUGCAAGAAGAAUUAACAGAACUAAAAGAUGAAAUUUCUCUCUAUGAAUCUGCUGCAAAAUUAGGAAUACUUCCAAGUGACUCAGAAGGAGAAUUAAAUAUAGAACUCACUGAAUCAUAUGUGGAUUUGGGUAUUAAAAAAGUCAACUGGAAAAAAUCCAAAGUGAAGAGCAUUGUACAGCAAGAAGAGCCAAAGGACGAGCUUUCCAAAGAUGAGGUCAUUCUGAAGCUGAAAGCAGAAGUGCAGCGUUUGCUGGGGAGCAACGCGGUGAAGCGUCAUCUGGUGUCUCAGUUACAAAAUGAUCUCAGAGACUGUCGUAAGAAAAUGGAAGCUCUCCAACAAGCAGAGAAAGAUGAAAACAUCACAGUUGAGACUAAAAUAGAGACUUCAGAAAACCUAACUAAUCAAUUAUGGCCUGGCUCUUCUACUUCUGAUACCAUUGUCAAAGAUGACAUUCUGCAACUUAAAAAUGAAAUUCACGUUUUACAACAACAAAAUCAGGAACUUAAAAAAACUGAAGAAAAACUGAGAAAUACAAAUCAAGACUUAUGUAGUCAGAUGAGACAAAUGGUACAAGAUUUUGACCGUGAUAAACAGGAGGCUGUGGAUAGGUGUGAGAGGACUUACCAGCAGCACCAUGAAGCCAUGAAAGCCCAGAUACGGGAAAGCCUGUUAGCAAAGCAUGCUUUGGAGAAGCAGCAGCUCUUUGAAGUUUAUGAGGGGGCUCGCCUGCAACUUAGGUCUGACUUAGAUAAGACGAAUAAGGAGAUGGCUGCCGUGCAAGAAUGUUACCUGCAAGUGUGCAGAGAGAAGGAUGGUCUGGAGUCGGCUCUCAGGAAGACCACUGAAAAGGAGCAACAGGCUCAGGAGAAGAGACAGCUAUUGGAGGAAAGAGAAGAAUAUGUAAGCAAACUGCAGGUGGAACUUGAAGAAAAGUACCAAGAUAUCCUUAUGUUGGAAAAGAACAAGUGGCUGAAAGAACAAGAAACUGAUAUUAAGCAGCAGGUUGAAAAUGAAGUGAUGUUAGCCAAAUCACACUGGGAUGAGGAACAGAAAGAGAUCAAACAAGAACUUUUUCAACAGCUUGAAAAGGAGUGGCAGUCUAAGCUGGAUCAAACUAUAAAGGCCAUGAAAAAGAAGACCUCAGAUUGUUGCAGCCAAACUGACCAAGUAGCCACCAUGGAUGUUAUUUCCAAGAAAGAGAUGGCAAUUGUGAUAGAAGAACAGAAGCGGAAGAUCCGGCAAGAUUUAGAGCAAGAGAAGGAGACAGCUAUCAGUGGGGGCUUGAAGAAACUUGAGGUUGAGUUAGAACUCAAAUACUGUGAAAAUAUUGCCAAACAGGUAGAAACAGCUGUACAAAAUGCUCGUCAUCGAUGGCUGGAAGAAAUGCCUGACCUUGCAGAGUAUAAAGCACGUGUAAGAGCAGAACAGAAGAAGUGGGAAGAACAACAAGAAAUCACUGUGGCCAGACGGAUAUCAUUUGCUAUUUCUGAAGCUAAAGAGAAAUGGAAAAGCGAGCUUGAAAAUAUGAAGAAAAAUGGAAUACCUGGAAAAGAAUUGGAAGAGAAGAUUUAUUCUCUUCAGAGAGAGCUUGAGUUAAAGAACGAGGAAGUCCCUGUGGUUGUCAGGGCUGAGCUGGCGAAGGCCCGGAAUGAAUGGAACAAAGAAAAGCAAGAAGAAAUCCACAGAAUUCAAGAACAAAAUGAGCAAGAUUACCGGCAAUUUUUAGAUGAUCACCGAAAUAAAAUUAAUGAGGUGCUUGCGGCAGCUAAAGAAGACUUUGUGAAACAAAAAACUGAACUACUUCUUCAGAAGGAGACAGAAUUGCAAACAUGUCUAGACCAGAGUCGUAGAGAAUGGGCUACGCAGGAAGCCAGGCGGAUCCAACUGGAAAUCUAUCAGUAUGAGGAAGACAUCCUCACUGUACUUGAAUUUCUCUUGAAGGACACCCACAAGGAACAUGUCAGUGGUUCAGAGAACAAGCAGCUCUUAGAACUCGUGUCAUCUUGUUCUUCAAAAUGGGUGUCUGCCCAAUAUUUUGAAAAACUAAAGGCCUGCAUACAGAAAGCCUUUCAAGAUAUCCUCUCCCUAGCUAUAGAAAAUGCCAACUCCGAGUUGGAAAAGAGAAAUAUGGCCAAGAUCUCUAAGGAUCCAGCCACAGAGGUCACUGGCAGAGGAGACCCUGGAGUCCUGGCAGUCCAUCCUGCACCUACUUUUGGAUGCUGUGCUCAGGCCUUGGCCUUGCAAAAAACAGAAGCAGAAGCUGAUAAGAAAAAGAUCCUUGAAAUUAAAGAUUCAUCCUGUGGACACUGCUUCCAAGAACUUGAAAAGGCAAAGCAGGAAUGUCAAGAUCUGGAAAGAAAACUGGAGAAAUGCUGUAGGCAUCUUCAGCAUUUAGAAAGAAAGCACAAAGCUGUAGUGGAAAAAAUUGGAGAAGAGAAUACUAAAGUUGUUGAAGAAUUAAUAGAAGAAAACAAUGACGUGAAGAGUAAAUUGGAAGAACUGAGAACACUUUGUAAAACACCACCAAGGUCAUUGUCAGAAGGGGCCAUUGAAAAUGCUUGCCUGCUAUGCAAUGGGAGGGCCUUGGAAGAACUUCGUGGACAGUACAUUAAAGCUGUAAAAAAAAUUAAGCGUGAUAUGCUUCGUUAUAUUCAGGAGAGUAAGGAAAGAGCUGCGGAAAUGGUAAAAGCAGAGGUAUUGCGAGAACGUCAAGAAACCGCCCGAAAGAUGCGCAAAUAUUACUUGACUUGCCUCCAACAGAUUUUGCAGGAUAAUGGAAAACAGGAAGGGGCUGAGAAAAAGAUUAUGAAUGCUGCUAGCAAACUUGCUACAAUGGCAAAAUUGCUGGAAACGCCGAUUUCUAAUAAAUCCCAGAGCAAAACUACACAGUCAGUAGUACUACCUCUGACUUCAGAGAUGCUGACUGGAGUUGAAAAAUCAAAAAGAAAUGAUGUGACUCAGAAUACAUCACGUCACACUGAAAGCAAAUCAAACAGUAUACAAACUAUCCCCAGAAGUAUGUGUGACCAAGUUCCUAAGAGAAGGGCUGCUUGUAACUUACGAAGACGAUUAGAGGACGCAGAGCAUGGGGACACAAAGCACAUGGGUUCCAAAGGGUCACACUCAGCCUUCCAGCUUGGGGAUAACAAUUUUAAACACCCAGACAUGUCGCCAAAAAAUGUUUCUCCUGAGUUUGUGCCUUGUGAAGGUGAAAAAGGCUUUGGUUUGCACAAGAAGAAAGACCUCAGUGAUAUUGGCUCUGAAUCACUUCAGCAUUCAGCCGUAUACCCCUUUCUUGGAUCCUUCGGAAAUAAACCCUCACCUAGAUAUACCCCUAGUCUUUCUGAAUCUGGAUCCACACAUACAACCUUUCGAGGUCCUAAUGAAAGACUUGGUUUAAAAGUGUGUAAGUGUAAUCCAUUAAUGGAAAGUGAAAAUGCUGCAUCUGAGAAAAGUCAAAGUUUGGGUGUUCGGGAAACUCUAGUAAAGGAUGGAGGGGACCUGGAUGACCCCAUAGGCUGGCAUUCCAACAGUGCCACUUUACCCUGCAACAGUCACGAAGUGUCAUUUUUAUACGGUAGACCACAAGAAACUCUGGAUAUACCAGCUGAAGCUGUUAAUUUCAAACAGUUUUCAGCAGCCAGUUGUCUUUCAGAUACAGAGAAAAAUAAAAUGAUUUGUCAACCAAAGAAAUGUCAGAGUGGUCACACUUCAGACCUGUCAGAAGAAACCCUUUGUUCCCAGCCAGAGAUCGGUAUGACUCUCAGACACCCACCUCAUCAUAAGGCUGAUAUAUUAAAGCCAGAUUUCAAAAAACUGAGCAGUACAGUACCAUCAUAUGUGUGUCGGCAGCCUUCGAGAAAAUUAAUUGCUCCUCUAUCUAGCCAACAAGAUAGUGGCUUUGAUAGCCCAUUUGUCAAUCUAGACUAAUUGUUGUACAGUGUUUAAGAAAAAUCAUUAAUAUAUUGACAAGAAAGCUGGAAGGGAAGACUUCAUACUGAAAAAAUUGUGGACUCUCUAUUUUGACAUGUUUUAGUAACAUCUAUCAUAUGAGUAAAGUGUUCUCAUAAAAUUAUUUGAGAUAUUAAUGUUGCCUUAAUCUUCCAAAGGCCUGAUGGUGUAUGUGUAAUCUGCUUCUGUGUGGUGCUUUAUAUUUGGUUGCUAAACCAUCUAUUUUUAUACUUCUAAAUUAGCAUUCUGUGCAGUGUUAAAUUAUUUAAAUAAACUUGCAUAUUGCCUAUUGAA